UACACACAAGAGCCUCAAUCAUCUGUCUGUUUCUACAUAAGCAAACAUCAUCCUGGGGAUGGACAAAGUUCCUUAGAUCACCAUUUGAUCACCGCCUUGGAUCACCAUCCGAUAAUAUUUUAUUACUGUUUUAAACAUUUAUUAAGCGCUCAAUGAAGGUUCUUUAGCUCUAGCCAACGGGAUUCUGUAAACUUUUCCUGCUGUAACGUUACACAUAUUGUCAUACUGUGGAUUCACAGAUAGCCAGUCAAGCUAGCUGGCUAAGUCAGUGGCUACCAGCAACUGUUCGGUUACCAACAUUCUGUCAGUUAUUUCUAUUAUGUUCAACAAAAGAAAGAAACUCACAACUUGGUCUUCCAGUGGAUUUACUGAUAUCAAAUUUAGCAGCAUCUGCAGCAUCCAGAUCCUGUAAAUGGGGAACAGUGCGCUCAAAGCUCAUUUGGAAACAUCUGAGAAGACUGGAGUCUUUCAGCUGACUGGAAAGGGUUUGAUAGAGUUCCCAGAGGAGCUGCAGAAACUCACCGGAAACCUGCGGACUGUCGAUCUGUCCAACAACAAAAUCGAGGUGCUUCCAGCAUUCAUAGGAGUCUUCCAGCAGCUCAAGAGUCUCACCAUAAGCAGCAAUAAACUGACCAGUCUACCAAAUGACAUCGGGAAACUCAAGAAGCUGGAGACUCUUAUUUUAAAUGGGAACCAGUUGAAUCAGCUUCCUUCAUCGGUGGGUCAGCUGAAGUCCUUGCGCACCCUAAGCCUGUCUGGGAAUUACUUCAAGGAGGUUCCUAGUGGACUCGGCACCCUUCGCCAGCUCGAUGUGCUGGACCUGUCCAAGAAUAAGAUCCAGGUGGUUCCUGCAGAAGUGGCCGAACUGCAAGCCAUUGAAAUCAACCUCAAUCAGAACCAGAUUUCGAACCUUUCUCCAGAGGUGUCUCGUGCUCCCAGACUGAAGGUCUUACGGCUGGAGGAGAACUGUCUGGAGCUCUCCUCUAUCCCAUCCUCCAUCCUCUCAGACUCCCAGGUGUCCCUGCUGUCCGUGGAGGGCAACUUAUUUGAAGUUAAAAUGUUGCGUGACCUAGAAGGAUAUGAUAAAUACAUGGAACGUUUCACUGCAACCAAAAAGAAAUUUGCGUGAACAGUCAGAGGCUUGCUGCAGCUGUCCUCGGCUCUGGGCUUAUCGUAGAAAGGUUUCAGCUGAGACUGCUUGUGAAAACAGCAAGAUGAGAAUGGAAAAAUGGUUAAGAGUGCUUCACAACUCGGUAGAAUGAUGGCUCAAAAACCCCAGCCCUGCUGCUCAUCACAUUACAAUACAGACAGCAGUGUAUGGACCUUGCAUCAUUCUUUCUUUAGCAAAGAUUUUAUUAACCGAAAUAUAAUGCAGACUCGGCUUCAUGAGGACAUUUAUACUGGAGAACAGUUUUUUCUCUAUAUUCAGGUGCACUAAUGCCACGUCUGUUUAUAGAACAUCUUUCUUUCAGAGAACUAACUAAAAUAUUAUACGUCAUGUAA